GAGAGAGAAAGAAAGAAACAAGAAAAUUUUCCUUGGACCCUCGAAUAUCGGCACCGCGUGUAUUCUACGUGUAUUCUGUACCACAUAAAGUUCGAGCAAGGGUGAAAAUUUAUAGACACACGAACGGGUGCGGCUUUGAGAAGGCUAUCGGAGAUCGAUAGAAACGCGUAUCGUCAUGAUGCCGAUGUCACAUUGGAAAGGCGGCGAACGAUUUUCCAGAUGUACUUUCGAUCUACUUUUUCGAAUAAAUAGAUAUAUAGAUAAACGAAAGAGAAAGAUAGAGGAGUAUUGAAACGCAACGGAGUGUGUUUCAAAACUAUCCUUGACAAAAAAAAAACAAAAAAAAAAAAGAAAGAAAAAAAGUAGAUAAUAAAAAAAAGAAAAAAACAGAAGAAAAAAAAAGUAAAGUUAAAAGCAGACCUUGCAUUUUAUCGGCUAAAACGAAUCUCGCCGUGUUGAAGGUAGCACCGCCAUUUUAUCGAUGCCGACGAAUGUCAGAUGCUCGUCGCUCCAAGUUCAUGGCCCGUUAAAGAUACAUACGUGUACUUUACGCGAGAAAAAGAAAAAGCAAGAAGAGGUGGAGGAGUAGAACGAGAAGGAGGAGGAGGAAGAGGAGGAGGAAGAGGAGAUUACGACGUAUAAAGAAGCAGCAAUGUCGACGAGUCUGCAACAUUUUUUGAUUGUCCGCCAUCGACAAAGCUUCUCGCGUUCGAGUUUUCUCUCCUUUUUCUUCUUCUUUUUUCUAUAUUUCUUUAUUGUUAACGUCAUUGUCAUAGUGCUUCCAAUCCCUACGAAAGAAGAUGGACGCUCCUUCGUUCAUUGUAAUUUGCAUGCUCCUUGGAACUUUCUCGCGAAUCGCGUUCGCCAUCGAAUAUAAUAAUCUGGCAGAUGUCCCGUGCGGUCGUGGAGAAAGCGGAACUCGGACGGCCAGGAUCGUUGGAGGACAAAACGCGGUACCGCGAGAGUUUCCUUGGUUGGUCAGUAUCACGAGAAAAGGUGGCCAUUUUUGCGGCGGUACUAUACUCAAUUCAAGAUUCAUUCUCACUGCCGCUCACUGUUUAUGCUCGGGUACAUCGACAAUUCCGAUACGUCAAUUACGAGUAACUCUCGGCGAGUAUGACUUAAAAGGCCCGGAAACGCCGGCGGCGAGAGAGGAAAGUGUCAUUAACGCGGUGAUGCAUCCCGGUCACAGGUGUGGCCGAUACGUUGACGACAUUGCACUGUUAGAAUUGUCGAGGCCGAUUACCUGGUCGGAAAGCGUGAAACCCGUCUGUUUGCCAGCGGCAUCGGGAAAGCCAGGGUACAGAGCUUUUGGUGGUGAGAACGCAGUGGCCGCAGGUUGGGGUUGGCUUGGUGAAGACAGAUCUAGAUACAAAAGAGCGGACGUGAUGCAGAAAGUAAGCGUUCGAGUGGUAGAAAACAGCAUUUGCCGAGAAUGGUACGCCAGUCAAGGAAAGUCCACGCGCGUAGAAUCGCAACAAAUGUGUGCUGGUCAUCAGGAGGGUGGUCGAGACACUUGUUGGGCUGACAGUGGUGGUCCUCUUAUGGUCGGAAAUCAUCCUGAUAGUAACACGAUGGUCAUAGGUGUAGUUUCCUCUGGAGUUGGUUGUGCCAGACCACGUCUUCCUGGUAUUUACACAAGAGUCUCUGAAUACGUACCCUGGAUCACGCAACAAAUCACAUUAAAACGAUAAUCCUAAACAUGCGAGAUAUCAUCGACGUUAUUCUUGAUCUUUAUUAUUUUCUUCAUCAUGCAUUGAAAACGAUUGGAUAAUUGACUAAUCUACUCGAUACUUUUAUUCAUCAUUAUUCAGAUUAUUGAAUCCGAUAGACAAAAUUUGACAUGUGUAUUUGUUCCUAAUAAUUCAUAAGAUCUGAAUGGAUGAUUUCAUUACCUGUAAUUUCUCGUUUAACAUUACAUAUAUAAUAUAUAUAUAUGUAUUAUGAACAUUGAGUAUAAUGCGUGAAAUGCUUAGAAUAAUACAAUGUUUUGUUAAGAGUUACUUUGUCGUGCUCUAGUCAAUAAUAUAAUAAGCUACAAUGAGUAUUAUAAAUUAUUAGAAUAUUGUAAAUAGUAUUAGACGAUUAUAUAAUUUAUAUUAUAUAUUAUAAAACAAUGCCAAAUAUUUAUAGAACGUUAAUAAAGACGGAGUUAUUAAUCUGUAAACGAGAAGAUCACACAUCCCCCUUAUAUAUGUACCAAUUCAGUUGGUAGGAUGUAAACAAUACCAUCAAUAAAUCAGCGCAAUAAACGCACCUAGUAGAUGAACAUUAAUUGUUGCGUAUAACUUUCGUUGAAAGUUUAUAGUUAAGGAUAGAAACGCUUAAUUACAGAAUAUAGACUACAAUAUCCCAAGGGCACUUUAACCUAUGUAGGUCAAACUCCCUUGUGGGGCUGUAUACGCUUUUCCAGUUUAUAGUAAGACUCUUGAGAUUUGAAUAAUCGAUUAUUCGUAAAUCCAAAACAAGAAAUAUUUUUACGCUUAUAUAUAUGAUCGUAAUCUAAUAUCACAUCGUGAUGAAAUCCAUAAACCGGUUUUUUUCUUUUUUUUUUUUUUUAUACAAUAAUUUUCAAAUUAAAAGAGAAUAAAAAUUCAAAAUAUUCUUUUUUCUAUGCGUACC